AUGGAGUCUCCCUUAGAAGAACACAGCGGGAGUGAGUCUGGGUGGACAAUGUAUAUCGGCUCCGCCAUACAAAAUGAAAACGACAACAAGAACAGAGAUAUUCAUGGUGAAAAUGAUGGUGAUGAUGAUGAUGAUGGGAGUGAAGACUCUAUGGCUUCAGAUGCCUCUUCCGGCCCAAGUCACCUUGAACUUCCAUGCGGAAAGGGUGAGGGAAGUGGCGGCAGCACGGGUGAUAUUAUCAAGCAUGCAAAAGAUGAAGCCAAUAGCAAGUAUUCCUCAGAAAAGAAGCCACACAAACAGAAACAGGUGAAGAAAAAAGAUGAAAGAAGAGUCAAAGAAGACAAAGGACAAUCAGUAUUCAGGGCAGAAAGUGCUGCAAGCCAAGUUUCAAGUGGAGCCAAGCCAAGAAAAGCCAAGAUGAUGCUCAAAGAAGAGUAG